AAAUCAGUUCUAACCGCAGACUUUCUGCUCCUACAAAGAACAAAAAGAAAGGCAAGUUCCAAAAAAUGUCUGCAGGGUUUCCCGACAGAUCGUCCACGAAGAGAAGUCGGUCGCCGUCGCCGUCGUCCUGGCGCCAGCCUCAGAAGCUCCCCCGCAGAUACGAUGGACGGGACCAGCGAGACCGAGACAAUUCAACCCGACAGGAAAGUGGUCAUGGCCGGCACUCGCAGCCGGUUCGGAAUAUGAGAGAGCAAGUGCGCCUCAAUCAGCUCCAGGAGGACGAACAGGUGCGGGAGUGGGUGGCGCAGGAGGACGUUUUCGUCCUCAAGCAGGCGAAGAAGAAGGCGGAGAUACGGGUCAAGGAGGGCCGCGCAAAGCCGAUCGACUGGCUGACAGUUACACUGCGCGUGAUCGACCCGACGAGAAAUCCGCUGGAUGAUGAGAUUGCGGACUCGGAGCUCGAUCUAGUGGAUCCGGACGGUGUGUUUGAAGGGCUCUCUCCGACCGAACUGCAGGAUCUGGAGAAGGAUAUCGAUACUUUCCUCGGCCUAGAGACCAACUCGCAGAAUAGGGAUUUCUGGAAGACCAUGCGAAUUAUCUGCCGGGACCGCCAGAAGACCGCCGCCCCCGAAGGCCGGGUGCUCAAUUCCGUUGCUGCCGAUAUCAACCGCCUCCUUAGCCCGAAGACAUAUGAACAGCUCCAGGGUUUAGAGACUCAAGUGAGGAGGAAACUCGAUUCCAACGAGCCGAUCGAUACGGAUUACUGGGAGGAGCUCCUGCGCAGUCUUACAGUAUGGAAGGCUCGGGCCAAAUUGAAGAAGGUCUACCAGGAUGUUAUCGAAGAACGCGUUCGCGGCUUGCGCAAGCAGCAGGCCGAUGAGGCCGAGGCCGUCCGAAUGAAACUCGCACCCCUCGCACCAGCCGUUUCCGACGGUGUAGAAAAGGGUUUGGAUAAAGAGGACGAAGCUCUCGACCCGGAGCCGCUCCUGCAGGUUCCACCAGAGGAUAAGGGAUUAGAAAUUGUUGAUGAAUCUGAAUUCCUUCAGCAGGUGGCUCGUGAACGCCAGAAGAUCUUAAAAAUGGGCUUUGUGCCGCUACGACAUCGCCAACUGGAAAAGACAUCAACCGCGCUCACGAGUCGGACUUCUAACCUCCCGGUUGCCGCGGCUUCGACCCGGUUUUCCUCUCUUCCAAACGACGACUUCUCCCUGGCGACGAAGGCUCUUUACGAACGCGAACUGGCGAAAGGUGUCAGCGAAAAUGAGGAGAUAUUUACGGGCGAAGAGACCGUCAGCACAGCCUCACGCCCGCAGUGGGCUAACAAAUACCGUCCUCGCAAGCCGCGGUAUUUCAAUCGUGUGCAGAUGGGCUACGAAUGGAACAAGUACAACCAGACCCAUUACGACCACGACAAUCCGCCGCCCAAGGUUGUCCAGGGCUACAAGUUUAAUAUCUUCUACCCUGAUCUGAUCGACAAGGCAAAGGCCCCCACCUAUCGCAUUGAACGCGAACACGGGAGGAAGCGCGGGCAGUCUUUCACCCCUGCCGGUGAGGAGGAUACCUGUCUUAUCCGAUUCAUGGCCGGACCGCCUUAUGAGGACAUUGCGUUUCGAAUUGUCGACAAGGAAUGGGAUUACAGCGCCAAGAGGGAGAGAGGAUUCAAGAGCACCUUUGAAAAGGGUAUCCUGCAACUCCAUUUCCAAUUCAAAAGGAUAUACUACCGCAAGUAGUACUAUUCGGCCAACCGAGAAAACAACAGUCCAUUAUUUGUUUUUAUAUUUGCAUAGCGAACUAAGAUUUAAUU